CUGUUUGAAUUUUUAGCAGACUGUAUUUUUGAUUUUCUGGAAGCUAACAACUUGAUAAAGAAACGAUUGCCUUUAGGAUUUUGUUUUUCUUUUCCCAUGAUACAAACAAGCAUAGAUGAAGGAAUAUUAGUUACAUGGACUAAAUCUUUCAACUGUAAAAAUGUUGUAGGGCAUGAAGUUGUAAAAAUGCUCAAAGCUGCUUUAGCACGGAGAAAGGAUGUGGCUGUUGAUGUUGUAGCUGUUGUCAAUGAUGCUACAGGCACUAUGAUGAUGGGAUCUUAUCUUGAUAAAAGAGCUGCAGUAGGAUUGAUUCUUGGAACUGGUUGUAAUGCUGCUUACUUUGAAAAAGUAAAUAAGAUUGAAAAAUGGGAAGGGAAUCAUCCCGGAGUUGAAGAAGUUCUUAUAGACAUUGAGUGGGGUGCGUUUGGUGAUAAUGGUGUAUUAGAUUUUAUGAAAACUGAUGUAGAUAAAGAAAUUGAUUUAGAAUCUCUUCUGCCCCAUAGUUUUACAUUUGAGAAACUCUUUGCUGGAAGGUAUAUCGGUAGUAUUGCAAAAAAAGUUAUAUGUAAACUUAUUGAAAAAGGUGUUUUGUUUGGAUUAAGAAAGGACUUACCCAAAGACUGGAUAUUUACUGCAGCAGAUGUUUCUAACACUUUAGAGGAAACAAGUAAACAAGUCAUUUUGGAUAUCAUGAAAAGCAAAGGAUUUAAUGAUAUUUCAGAAGAGGAUGCAGAAAUUCUGCAUUAUGUCUGUACUAUUAUUUCAAUUCGUGGAGCACUUCUUGUUUCUAUUUGUCUUGCAAAUUGUUUGAGGAGAAUGAACAAGGAAGAUGUAACCAUUGCCAUUGAUGGAUCAUUAUUUAAACUUCAUCCAAAAUAUGCUCAUUACAUGAACUUAUUUAUAGCUGCCUUGGCACCAAAACAUAAGUUUCAACUUAUUCUUGCUGAAGACGGUAGUGGUAAAGGAGCAGGUCUUGUAGCUGCUGUUGUGACUUCUCUAAACACAUCAGUUUUGCAUAAUUAAAAUUAAAAUAUUUUCAAGUUUAAUAUAACUCCAAAACAAAGAUUCUGUAUUUUUAUCAGAGCAUAACAUUGUUUUGUUGCCCAGUUACAUUGAUUUGUUACUUCGUCUAUAAAUUUGUUAUCCAGCAUAUUUGCUCAGUUUUCAUUUUAAUGGUUAUUGUUCUUUAAUAAAAAUAUUUUGUUAUUUCUACAGCUUCA